AUGUACCUAUUAUUAGUUAAAUAUUUUUAUUAUUUUUAUUUCUUAAAAAAAAAUAAAAAAUUUAAAUUCUUUAUUUUAAUUGAUUUAAUUUUUUUCUUAAUGAAGAAGUACUAUAGUUUAUUAAAAUUAAAAAAAAAAAUAAUAAAAUAUAAAAAUUUUUUUUUUAGAAGCAAAUCAAAGCAUUUUAGUCAUUAUAAAUACUUAUUAUAUAAAACAGAAUAUUUAUUGGAACGUAGAAUCAAUGCAUUCAAUGUUUUUAUUGUUAAUUUUUUACCUACACAAUUAUUACCAUUAGGUAAUAGAAAAAAAUUUUAUAAUUUGUUAAAUAAAAAAUUUAAGAGAUUUUUUUUAGUAAUAAAGAAAAAAUUAAAUAAAAAAUUUUUUUUUUAUUUUAUGAUUAAAUUAUUUAAUAAAAUUAAAUUUUUAUUCUUAAAAAGUGAUCCUUUUUUGAAUAAAAAAGAUUUUAUUUUUAAUUUCUUUACUUCGAUUGUUUUCGAAUCAAAAUAUACUACUCUUUUACGGGCGUAUAAUGCAGUAAAUAAAAAAAUAAAAAAAAAUAUUAUUUUACAGUUCUAUGAUAUACUUUAUUUUUUUAGUUUUCGUAUAGAUUAUUUUAUUUUUAAACUAUUUCCUUUUUUCUCAUUAUCAGAAGUAAGGAAUGGUAUAGUAGAGAAUAAAGUAUUGCAUCUUAAAAAUGAAAUUCGUAAUAUUAAUUAUUUCAUAAAAAAAUAUGAUUUAUUAAAGUCCAGUAUUUUUAAUAAUAUUUAUUAUAUUUUUUCAUUACGAAGAUACUUUUAUAAUAGUAGUGCUAAAUUAAAAAAAAAAUACUAUUUAGUUUUAUGUAAUUACAGAAAAGAACAGAGUACAUUUUUUUUGUGCAAAGGCAAAAAAAAAACUAGUCUUUUUUCAUCUCACGCUAGGUAUUUAAGUACUAUAGAUGAAAUACACACUUAUUUUUAUAAAUUAAAGGAUCAGAAUUAUAAUUUUGAUUCUUUAAAUCAAUAUAUAUCAAACUUUAAAAUCCAAAAAGAAUUUCCUUUUUUUUUAAAAGAAAAAAAAAAAGAUUUAGAUAUUACUUUUUUAAAUAGUAUAGGUAAUAUUUAUUUGUCAUAUGGAAAAAAAGUAUCAAUUAAUAAUUAUACUGUGGUAAAUCUUAUAAACUUCCUAUAUCUCUUUUUUUACCUAUCUAAAUAUAAUAGUAUAUAUUAUUAUACAAAAGAAAGUAAGUUAAUUGUAAGUCCGUCGGUAUUAAAUAAUUUAUUAAAUGAGUAUAAAAAAUUAUUUUUUUAUUUUACUAUUUUUUUUUCUUUUAAUAUAGUUACGUUGAUGUAA